UGUCAGUAGGAAAUGCAGGCGGCUGGUGCUGGAUGUGCCCCUGCCGCUCUGCUUGGACAAAUUAAACAAAGAAAGUCCUUUUUGUUUCAAAAUGAAAGCUUUUACCAGGACGGUAGCUUAAUUUAGGCGAGAAUGAUCGAAGCAAGUCCGAAAUAACGGAGACGCAGCAGAAACAGAAACACUAUCGGCGCUGAUGCUAAAUGAAGCUAACUUAGCUAGCAGGUAACUUAGCUAGCUAGCUCGCCGACUGCAGGACGUUUUCUCUUCCAGGUCCUCACCCUGCUCCGCGGUCCCUGCCCUCAGUCUCGCCAUUUCUUUUUCUUUUUUUUUCGUGUUUUCAUUUCACGGAGGAGGUUGCGGAACCGGAGCUGUGGCGGGGGGACGCGCGGGGAGGAACCCCCUGGCUUCCCAGGCGGACGGACCGCAGUGACACGCCGGCCGUGGGAGAGAUCACAGUGGAACCAUGGCCGAACUUUACACCCUAUCCCCAUCGCCACCUGCAUUGGGUGAUCCCCAUGCAGCUCCAUCCAUCCCUCCGUCCUCAUCAGCUCUUCCUGCUCCCAACAGUCCCACACAAGAGUCCACCACCAGGGAGAUGCCCCUACCCAAGUCUUCCCUCUACAAUGACAAGGCUUUGACUGGAAACAACGCUUCAGGGGGUUCAACCUCGACUCCUCCUCCGCCCUUGAGUCCAAAACCUGCUGCUCAGAACCCCCUCCCAUCAUUGGUACACGAGGCUGCUCCACAGAAAGAGGAAUCAGCCGGGAAAGAUGCAGAGACUGGAGCUCAAGUUAUCAAACAGGAGACAAAGACCAAUGAUCCAGCUGCUGAUACAGAGACCCCAGCACUGUCAAAUGAGCCGUCAGCUCAGAGCGAAGUGCCACAGGCGUCCCCUUCUCCUGAUCUUAAUCCUGGUCCUAAUCUCUACCCCAACGUACACGUCACCCACAACCCAAAUCCCGUCAUCGAUGAGGGUCAACUCACAGCGAGCCAACCGCAAACUUCUGCUUGUCCUGACGUGACACCUGUUCCUCCAGCAUCCACCCACGCUGCAGCUACGGCAGCAGCUGAAGAGGAGAAACCUCAGCCAUCCCAACAAGCACAAAACCCUCAAAGUCAAGAUCCUCCUCUGUCCCCAAAGCCCGAACCUCCCAGCACUCCCACCAGGGUCGAACACCACAGCCCUACUGUCCCGUUGAUUCACGAGCCAGCCUUCGUCCUCCCGCUGCCCAACCCCAACCGCCGGCCAGCCCCGGACACCCUCAGCUACCUGGAGUCAGCCAGCCUGAUGUCGGGGACGUUGGAGUCUCUGUCUGGGCUCGGAGAGGACGGAAGCUCUGUGGGCUCAGACUCGGAGAUCAAUGGCAUGUCUGUCAGACGCACUGAUAAAUAUGGCUUCCUGGGUGGGAAUCAGUACAGCGAAGGCAGCGAGAAGGAAGUUCGAGUUGAAGUGGCCAGACAGAGGGAGAUGAAAUGGCUUGAUAUGUUUAACAACUGGGAUAAGUGGGUCAAACAUCGCUUCCAGAAGGUGAAAUUGCGCUGCAGGAAGGGGAUCCCGUCGUCUCUCAGGUCCAAAGCCUGGCAGCUGCUGUCCAACAGUCAAGAGCUCCUAGAUAACAACUGUGGGAAGUUUGAGGAGCUGGAGAGAGAACCAGGGGAAGCUAAAUGGUUGGACAUCAUAGAGAAGGAUCUACACAGACAGUUCCCCUUCCAUGAGAUGUUUGCUGCUCGCGGCGGCCACGGGCAACAGGAUCUGUUCCGGAUCCUGAAGGCCUACACCGUCUACCGGCCUGACGAGGGCUACUGCCAGGCUCAGGCUCCGGUGGCUGCGGUGCUGCUCAUGCAUAUGCCUGCUGAGCAAGCAUUUUGGUGCCUCGUGCAGAUAUGUGAGAAGUUUCUUCCCGGUUACUACAGCGCAGGACUGGAAGCAAUCCAGCUGGAUGGCGAGAUCUUCUUCUCCCUGUUGCGGCGUACGUGUCCCAUGGCUUACCGUCAUCUCAAGAAGUUCAAGAUCGACCCGAUUCUCUACAUGACCGAGUGGUUCAUGUGUAUCUUCUCUCGCACCUUACCGUGGUCCUGUGUGCUGCGUGUGUGGGACAUGUUCUUCUGUGAAGGAGUGAAGAUAGUGUUUCGUGUGGGCCUGGUGCUGCUGAAACAGAUGCUCGGCUCUGUGGAUAAGCUUCGGGAACUACAGGGCAUGUAUGAAACCAUGGAGCGUCUGAGGAACAUCUCACCCGAGAGUAUCAGAGAGGACGCGUUGGUACAGGAGAUCAUUACGCUCCCGGUGACAGAGUCACUCAUAGAGAGGGAGUGCAACAUCCAGGUGAGGAAGUGGAGGGAGUCCAGAGGGGAGCUGACGCACCAGCCGGGCCGCCGCCUCCACGGUACGAGGGACAUCUACGAGUACAAACGCCGCGCCGCCUCCAUCAGCUCCGGCGGUAGUUUCUCCUUCCUGGGGAGCUCGAUCCCUCCGCCGGGACCCCUCAGGGCCUCCUCCAGCCUGCUCUCGCUCCCCGGCUUCCGCAAGUCCAAGUCUCCUUUCCACUCCCAAGCCAAGAAGGGCUCCUUCUCAGGGCCUUCGGGAAGAGAUUCGCCACCUGUUAACCUAUCAUCCAGCCCGUUCCACGCCCCCAUGCAUAAACCACCCAUUCCUCCGGGGGCAGGUCAGAGGGCGCCUGCACCCCACACUCAGAGCCCCCUAGUCGUGAGUGGCCCGUCACACGACGCCUCAGCGCCGCCGAGUGCUUCAGCUCAAAGCACAUCGCCACCCAACACUCUAUCUCCCUCCCCGAGGGUCGUCUCCGAGCAAGUCACCCCUUCCAUCCCCUCUCCGACCGCAAACAACGCCCCUCUGCCGCCGUGUCCGGAUCCAAAGAAAGAAGCGGCGGUGGCGGCGGCGGCACCCGAGGCCGCCACGACCGGAGGAGAGGAAGAGGUAAAGAAAAAGAAGAAAAGCAAAGAAGACAAGAAGAAGGAGAAGGAGGACGAGAAGAAGAAACUGAAGGAAAAGAAGGAAAAGGAAAAGGCUGAGAAAGAGAGGCUCAGGAAGGAGAAAGAGAGGCUAGAAAAAGAGAAGAAGAAAGGGGGGAAGAAAAAGGACAAAGGGGGAGGAGGAGGAGAGGCCGAGGACAAAAACGGAGCCGCAGCAGCAAGAGAUUCGGCCUAGUUUUCCCACCCCGUCAUUCCAGGAUAAUGAAAAGGGACACUGAACAAAAAAAGAGGUCAGGGGAACAAAGACCCCCAGAAACAGAGCGAUUAAUAGAGGAGAAAAAAAAAAAAAAAUGGGAUGGCUUCCUGUAUAAUGCAUCAUUUUGAAGACUUAAUGUAGUCCCAGGACUAUCGUGGAGAAAACUGGAUCAUGGUUUUAAUAGCACCUCGGGGGGCUUUUUUUUUGCCCCGUCGCUCAACGCUUUCUUUUUUUUCACCGAGUUUUUAGUAAAAAAAGAUGGGACAACAUUUUUUUUUUUUUU